AUGCCGGUAGGGUUCGAAGCGCUCGGCAUUGCGGCCAACAUUGUUCAAUUUGUCGAGUUUGGAUUCAAAAUUUCGAUCUCGGUAAUUGAAACGUAUCGCAGCAUCACCGAAGAUGGCAUAUUACCGCAGACAGCCGAAUUGGAAGAAAUGGCUCGUAGUCUGGAACGCAGCUGCGGUCAGUUGCAAGCCGAUGUUAAGAUCCAAGAUGAUGCGGAGAUGUCUAGCCUCCUCGAAAUUUGUGUCAAAGGUUCGCAAGACCUUCUUCGAGAGGUGAGAGGGCUGGUGAUCGACAACAACAAUCGACGCCCGAGGUGGAUGAAAAAGGUCAAAGUCACGAUGAAAGCCCGUUGGAAGCAGAGAAAGAUCAACGAAAUUCAACACAACCUGAAUGACAUCAAAAAGAAGAUUUUUGAGAAGCUUCAGCACAUACUGCAUGAAUACUGCCGUUCUACUUCAGAAUACUUAUAUUCUCUGGGCGAUGCUUCAGCAGCUUGGAAUACUGCCACAGACGCUAAGCUUGCAAAAUUGUCAGAAGACGUUGGCAUGCUUAUCAAGUCAACGGCACCAUUGACGAAUGAACUCGAGGAACUUGCCACAAACCUAAAAAAACUUGCGGAAGAAGUGAAACACCAGGGCAAGAUCCGAGAGAUUCUUAAAAGCCUCAGAUUUCCGGAAAUGAUUGAACGAAGAAUCGAAAUACCCAAGGCUUAUGGGGACACAUUCGAAUGGAUCUUUGAAGAGAGCGCAGAUGUCAACUUCGCGUCCUGGCUCCAGAGCUCACGAGGCAUCUUUUGGAUUACGGGAAAACCGGGGUCUGGAAAAUCAACUUUGAUGAAGUUGAUUUCUGGACAUGAACAUACUGCAGCACUCGCACGAGCUUGGGCAGACAACAAGAAACUCAUCGUUGCCAGCCAUUUUUUCUGGGGCAUUAGAUCCGGUCUACAGAGCUCUCAGGAAGGCCUCCUUAGAGCGCUGCUAUUUCAGAUUAUGAUGCAGUGCCCGGACAUUAUUCAUGACGUCUUUCCAGAGAGAUACGAGGGUUCAAUCGCGGAUCUUGAUCCGUGGACGAUUGAAGACUUGUCAAAUGGUUUCAAACGUCUCGGGGCAAUGCAGUCACUAAAAUAUCGCAUCUUGAUAUUCAUUGACGGCCUCGAUGAAUACAAGGGCGAACCCGAGGAUCUGAUGAAAUUCCUCAAGGAUGUCGCACAAUCACCGGAUAUCAAAAUCUGCUGCGCAAGCCGGCCGUGGCCAGUGUUCACAAAAUAUCUGGGGAAUUCGUCUACUCGCAUCCACAUGGACCAACUGACAGCUGACGAUAUGGCGACAUACGUGCGAGAUGCUCUGGGUCAACAUCAACACUAUCAGUCUUUGCUCAGAAGCCAUGAGUCUGAAGCCAUUGAACUCAUUGAGUCUAUCUUGCGCAAGUCAGAAGGUGUCUUCUUCUGGGUUUCACUGGUUAUCAAGUCGCUGUUGCGUGGAAUGGAGAACGACGAUGACAUUGGCACGCUACGCGAAAGACUUUCGGAAUUGCCUUCUGAUCUUGACAAAUACUUUCGGCGCAUGUUAAGCUCCAUUGAUCGCGUGUACAGGGAUGCCGUAUCUGUCACAUUUUCCAUGCUACUUGUUGCGGACACGGCCAUUCCCGCAUCCCAAGAGAUUGACGACAGCCCUGAAUUUGCCCAGAAAGUUUUGAGAAAGAAGGAGAACGUCUUAGCACAAUGUUGCGACUUGAUCCAGUGUUGGGAAGUGGAUGGAACACCCACUUUCGGCUCAAGAAUUGGAUUUCUUCAUCGAACAGUCGUCGAAUUCCUUCAGCAAUCCAGCGGUGAUCAGUGGCGCUCGCCCCUUGAACACCAACGCUUUUGGCUUGCGAAGUCUUACCUGGAAGUUGGGCUCAGUAACGCGUCACCAGGUGUCAAGAAGGAUUUCACAUUCAGGUCCUUACGCACAAUUGAGGAAGCCGAUACACACGACAUUGAGGAGUCUGGUGCCUGGCUCCUGGAUCUCUGUGAGUACAUUUGGUUAGGUGACGCCAACAUUAUAAUAGUAGAGGGACUUCGCGAAGUGGCUUCUCAAAUUUGGGCCAGGAUAUUUCUCUCACUAAAGUCCGAGGAGUCAGACUUUGCAAAGCCCGAUGCUUUGGUGCAUCUUGCACUGCACAGUAUCAUGACAGGAUCAGUGCACAUAGGCGCCAGCGACCCUCCAGAGGUGGUCUCGACACAAUCCGUGGAUUUGCAACUACUACGAAAUUUCCUUCGCUGGAUGGGUACCGAAAACUAUGAGGAUAUCUUGUCUGUCCAGUUCAAGGCUUUUAUUGUUAGAUUGAGUCAGAAUGACUCUUCCUCAACGCAGCUGAAGAAUGCCUUUCAGAAGAGGAGCUGUCGAAUCUUGAGAAGUCAUUUCCGCCUGACGUAA